AUGCCUUGUGAAAAGUGUGAACAAAAGUUAAAGAAACUACCAACACCUGAUGUAAAUAAUAGUAUUAACAGAUCAUUCGGAAGCAACAAAUUAUUGAUGUAUAAUAAUAAGCAAAAAUUUAACAACAAUAGAAAAUGCAAACAAUGCAAUAGUCAAUUACAUGUCGAUGGGAAAUAUUGUUCCAUGUGCGCAUAUAAAUUAGGAAAAUGCCACAUUUGUGGUAAAACCAUAACCGAUAAUUCCGCGCAUAAUAUGUCCAUUAUAUAA